AUGCCAGGAGGUUCAGGAGAAGCAAAGCUGAUUCGCCACAAGAGGAACAUCAGCUGGUACAAGCAGCACUCUGACUUCUGGAACUGGUACAAGUACUUCACUGACACAGGCAACCAGAAGGGGGUGGAAGAGCUGGACCGCAUGUACCUGGCGUACCUGCAGAACAAGAACAGGGCGGAGGGCCGCCGCUCCUACAAAAUGUACCUGCGACACCUGGGGGACAUCUACAAGUCCUGUGCCGAUUCGGAGGACCCCAACUGCGUGGCCUCCUACACCAGCAGGCCCAAGCCCAAAGUGGAGCCGCCCAAACCCGCCCCUGUGAAGGCCUGCGACCCUUACCGAGACCCUUACUGCCUGCUGUCCUUGGUGUACCCCAAGGCUCCCUACACGGCCCCAGCCCCGCCCCCAGCUCCUGUUAAGGCCCCAGCCCCGGUCCGAGCCCCCGUGGUUCCGGUGAAGGUUCCGGGUUCGGGAUACUACUACUACGCCCCGCAGUACCAGCCCUUCCUCUCGGCCCAGCAGCGGGCGGAGCUUCUGAGGAUCUGCGAUGCCAAGGACGUGGAGUGCCUGCAGUACCACCUCCGUGCCGCCUACGGCCACUCGGCCUCGGCCGGCCCCGCCCCAUCCUACGCCCACCUAGGCUGCGACCCCAAGAAGGACCCUAACUGCAUGCCGCAGCUGGUACAGAAGGCGCCCUCUGGGCUGUACUCACAGUACCCGGUCUGUGACCCCCGCUACGACCCCUACUGUCUGCUGAGGCCCCUGGUGGCGCAGAAUAUUGAGGCCCCCCCCGGCGACAGACCCUGCAACCCGCUCCUGGAUGACAACUGCAAUCCCCUGACCGCCACCCGGCUGGCGGACCUCAGCAGGCCCGCACAGGACGAGGACCCCAAGGAUGAGCCGGCGGGGGCCCGAGCCGCACCCUGCGACCCCCGCUACGACCCCUACUGCUCCUACCACUCGGCAGCGGCCAUGCUGAGACGGCCCCCGGCUCCGGCCCCACCCCCUCCCCAGGACCCGCCCCGCCACCCACGGCUGGGCGUGAGGGGCAAGACGAAGGAGGGCUACGACUGCUACAUGCUCUAUGAUGAGGAGUGCCUUCCGCUGAGGGCGGCUGAUGCCCGGGUUGCGCCACGCCCCGAGGAGCCCUACGAGCCACACCUCAACACCGACGGCACCCGGAAUGGGGUGAUCGAACCCCACCCCGACUGCGACCCAGAGUAUGACCCCAACUGCCGCCUGCGCCGCUAUGAGCCCCAGCCCGACGCCGCCCCCGCUGUCGCCGCUGAGAUGCCGCGGGCAACCGGGGAGCGCAGGGACGAGCCCAUCCGCAGUGAGGAGCCUUACCACCAGGGGGAGCCGCACCACGAGGAGGAGGCCUACCCCCAGGCGCCAGGCUACGAUCAGCAACACUAUGAUCAGCAGCACUAUGAGCAGCAGCACUAUGAGCAGCAGACCGAGGAGCAGCAGCAUUACGAGCCCUACCAGAGCGGCCAGGAGGAUCCCUACGCCAGCUAUGGAGCCCAGGACCAGCCAGCCGCUCGGCUCGAGGAUGUCCUGGGGAGGUACGGGGAUCAGUACCCCCGAUACGACGACACCCAGGACCACCGCGCAUUCGCUGGGGACUACCGCAAGAAGUAA